UAUCAGGAUCAAUCAUAAUUACUUCACAUUUCCUAAUACUCUUUUGCACACAGCCACACACUCAAAAGUUCCAAAAUUCAUCAGAAUCUUAAAAACCAUACAUUUUUAUAAUAUAUUCCGUGAAUUCUAAGUUCUAACCAUAAUCAGUUGCAAAAUACAUCGUUUCUUGUAAACUUUGCAUUCCAUUGCUUAUGACCUAUGGGAAUAUCUCUGCAGGCUGCACUCACCCCAAACAAGUUGGGCCCAUCUUUGUGAUCCAAGCCUGACCUAGGCCCAAUAAGAAAGAGGGAAGGAACCGGUUUAGGCCUACGAAUGAUAGCAGAAGCCCAAACCAAAAUGUUAAAACCCUGACGUUCUUAUCCACUUCCAAGUUCCAACUGUUCCAAUUCCUCAAAACUUCCUUCCCCUGGGCAUUAACUACUUUUCACAGCCACUCACUCGCUUCAGUCUCAGUAGCUCAAUUAAACAAAAAUGGCGCUCACUGCUUCCGCCAUCACAGGCCCCAAAUCGCUCUGCCGCGCUCAAACCCCUCUCUCCAUUUCAAAACCCACUUGCUCGUGUUCUUGCUUCUCCUCUUCGCAACCGCAAUUCGACAGAAAUGCCUAUUGUAAACCCUCUUUAAACUCUGUUCCCAAGCGGAAGAAUCGCUUAGUUGACGUGGGCAUCGAGCUAUUGUCGGCUUCAAUUCUCGCUCUGUCUCCGAUGGACGCUGACGCCACCAGGAUCAUCGAGUACUACGCCACCGUGGGAGAGCCUCUGUGCGAGUUCAGCUUCGUCCGGUCUGGGCUCGGCUACACUGUGAUGUCGCUGAAGGUCCCGGUGAAGAGGCGCCGUAUGCCGAGUUGAUCAAUGUGAGUUGAGUAAUCAACAAAUUUUCGUAGUUUUACUCUUUUAGCUGGAUGUGUAAACCCGACUUUUGUGUUUGGAGUGUCGUUUUGACGUAAUGCUGGUGGGGUUUUCAGUGGGUCAUUUUCUCAUACACUUGGUGGAUGUCCUGUAUCUUUCGUGGAUGAUGGCUUUAUAUGCUGGUUUUUGUUUUUGGGUCCCUAUAGACCGCUGACCACGCGGAUUUGGUGAUGGGACGGUCUUCGAUAGCAGUUACAAGCGUGCUAGACCGCUGACCACGCGGAUUGGCGUUGGUAAGGUGAGAUCAUUAUGGCUUACAGCUUCUCAGGUCAUUGUAUUACCUGGUUAUUAAGGCUAGUGAAAUUUCAGCGAUUAGAAGUAAGAUGCUUAAGUUUUAUUAAGUGGUUCAUGCCCAUUGAUCUAAAAGAACUAGUCUUGUAUAAGAUGAAUGCAAAGCUAUGCUUGAAAUCUAAAAUGUGUGAGGUCUAGCAACAAGAUGUAUUGAUCCAAAUGUGCUUUGUUUGUUCAUUGUGACUGUCGUUUGUAUACAGGUGAUUAAGGGUCUGGAUCAGGGGAUUUUCGGGGGUGGUGGAGUACCUCCGAUGCACAUAGGUAAAUGAUAACCAAUAUCAUGAAAGAUGGAAGAUUGGACAAUGUUGUUUUGAACCCUUAUGUUUGUUGUCUGCAAAAGCUUGUAGAGAUGGCCUAAAGCAGUACUAUCACACGCCACACACAGGUGGUAAGCGUAGGCUUCUUAUUCCUCCAAAGCUAUCAUAUGGACCAGAACCUGCAGGCUGCUUCUCAGGUGAUUCUUACCAUUUCCAAAGCAGAGAAAUGUGUCGCAACCACCCCUCCAGAUCGGGGUACCCUCGUGAACAGAUCGGAGUUGUCAUCUAUCUUAUUUAUGGUGGAUCGAACACCUUUUGGUUCGGUCUCGACCUUAGGGUCGAGACCGGGACUUGAUCUGCGAAAUUUAGAGUUCUGGGUUCGGGAGUACGGUUACGUGUGGGGAAGUGUAUUCACACCCCACAACGCCCAAAAUUGGUACUACCUAAAUCGAUAAGCCUUCUUAAGGAUUGGGUGUUUUAUUAUUUGCGCCUUAUUCACGUAUUUGUUCUUAAGGAUUGGGUGUUCUCAAUACGCGAAUAAGGCGCAAAUAAUAAAACACCCAAUCCUUAAGAAGACUUAUCGAUUUAGGUAGUACCGAUUUUGGGCGUUGUGGGGUGUGAAUACACUUCCUCACACGUAACCAUACUCCCGAACCCAAAACUCUAAAUUUCGCAGGCUAAGUCCCGGUUUCGACCCUAAGGUCGAGACCGGAGCAAAAGGUGUUCGAUCCAUCACAAUAAGAAAGAUGGCAGAAAGAUGGCGACUCCGAUCAGUUCGCGACGGGUACCCUGACCUGGAGGGGCAGUUGCGACAGUGGCGACUCCGCUGGGGAAUCUUAUGAGAGUCAAACUACAUUAAUCGUCGAUAAGCUUUUCUUACUUUCUUAUAAUGGGUGUUAUGUGUUUAUUACAUCAAUUUGCGCUUUAAAUUUGUGAUGUAUUUCAAUUUUUUUUUUCUUUUGCAUCCAUGCAUAAAACUCUAUUCCCGAGUUGUCCUUAUAGCAAAAAAGGAAGAAAGUAGUGUGACUCCUACAAUAGUAGAAGAAAUGCGAAAACUUCCCAAGCAGGUUGAACUAAAAUCCGAGGAUGAUUUGGGGUAUCAUGCUAAAACUCGAAAAGGUUAUAGUGUGGUACAACUUGGCAGCCUGAUUCCUUAAGGUCCCUAUCCAGCAUAUAGUUUGCCUAGAAACUACCUAAGCCGCAACUUAAUCCCCUACCCAAAAACACGACGUUAUGCUACCGAAAAAUCCCUAGGGCUGCAUGACUAGGUUGUUUUAUUAUUAAUACAAAUGUUACGUAUUUAUUGCUCGUUUUUUUCCUAAAUGCUAAAUGUUUAUUUCUCAUUUCUUUCGUGUUCGUUAUUUGAGAAGUGUGCUGUAACAUGAGUCUGUUUCUUUCUCAUCAUAAGUAAAAAAACAAUUUUCUCGAAACAAUUAAAGAAAUUCACAAUGAUCAUAACACGCAUGCAUUACCAUCAUCAUGCAUUCUCAUGUUAUGAUUGUCGCGCACAGUUAACUUGAAAUCUAUUAUGAUAAAAUGGCGAGAAACCUAGCCGAACACAACAUAGUUAUCAUCCCCAACUUCAUGCCCGGACCUGUAUGGGCAGAUCCAAUGAUCGACAAUAUGAGAAGGCUGUCGGUGGAGAUCGCACUAGACAUCAUGUCAAGAACUCUUCAAGGGUAUUCUGAGUCCUUUAUUGAAAGAUAAAAAAGGGAAUUAAUCAACACCCAUGCUCCAGUGGAACACCUCGACUGGUAUCCAGAGCUCAUGUGUUUGAAUUUGUUCUAUAUACCGUUAAAUGAGUAUCAAGAAAUGUCAAAAGAAAUUUAUUGUAUGCUGAGGCAUAUGGUGCAUUUGAAUUCCAUAGGGUUUAUCCUUCAUAAACCCACACUAAGACAAUGUCUUCAACAAUGGAUUCUCUUUCCAAACAACAUCAAUCUCUUUGGAAGAUGGCUCCUCGAACAUGCCCAGAUUGCCGGAUGGCUUGGGCUCGUGAUGGAUCCAAAGACUCUAAACUAUAUGGCCAUUACACUUCACAUGAACAGAGAAAUUCGGGUGGUUGAAGAGGGGUUUGAACUGGUGGAGACCCAAUGGGCCGUACUGGAAGGGAGCUCGAAUGAGAAUCCGACAAUCGAGCCAUCUAGGGUGACCGGAUACUGGAUGAUUCUGAAAGAAAAACUCUGUGAUCUGAAUCAAGGAGUGUUACUUACCAACACUCGCCAUGACAAACAACUUAAUAGAACAAAAUAAUUAUGGUCUGAGGCGAGUGGCAACAACUCAUGCCUAUUUAAUCGAACAAGCUUUCGUUGAGGAAGUGCUCCUCCCGGAGCCAGCUCUCCCACAUCUGUGAGAAGAUAAGUCGUUGGGAGGUCAACCUGUAGAAGAAAGGUCGACACUUUAGGAAAUUUUUUGUCCCAAGGCCUCUUCGUACAAAGAAGUGUGCGGUUUUGAUGCCUUUUCCAUUUAUUAUAGUAAUGGGGAAGAUGCCUGGGAUAGAGUGGCUAGUGACGCCACCUUUGUAUGUAUUCUGUAAAUAACGGAAGUUUGUCCCAGUUGAUUGAAUAAAAAGUGUGAUUUUUG